CAGACAUGUACCUGCAUUCUGAACAAGUAGCGCUGAUUGGCCAAGUGUUUGAGUCCUAUGUACUGCAGCAUCACCAGAAGGAUAUAGUAAAUGUACUGAUGGAAAAUGAUGAGGAUUCCCACUACUCAAUAGUUGUUAAUGCUAUGACACUUUUUGAAACAAACAUGGAAGUCGGAGACUAUUUCAAUGCUUUUCCUAAUGAGGUUUUACCAAUAUUUGAUAAUGCUUUGCGACGAGCAACCAUGAGUCUCAUGCAGUCGAACUCGCAACAUGACGGAUUCAUCAUGAAGCAAAAUCUACAUGCAAGAAUAACAGGUUUGCCGGUGUGUCCCGAGUUAACCAGAGAGCAUAUUCCACGUGCGAUAGAUGUGGGUCAUUUCUUGUCCAUCACCGGCACAGUUAUUCGCAGCAGUCUAGUGAAAGUUCUAGAGUAUGAGCAGGACUUUAUGUGCAAUAAGUGUAAGCAUGUAAUCACAGUAAAAGCUGACUUUGAGCAGUGUUACUCAUUCAAUCCUCCCACUGCUUGCACCAAUGAAGAAGGCUGCAACUCUGCAAAAUUUACUUCCCUGUCUGAUGUGUCCUCUCCGGCCACUUGUAGAGACUACCAGGAGAUUAAGAUUCAGGAGCAGGUUCAAAGGUUGUCGGUGGGCAGUAUUCCUCGAUCUAUGGUUGUGGUUUUGGAAGAUGACCUGGUGGACACCUGCAAGUCUGGUGAUGAUGUUACAGUAUAUGGUGUUGUGAUGCAGCGAUGGAAGCCUCUUUUUGUAGACACUCGUUGUGACUUGGAGAUUGUACUAAAAGCUAACUACAUUGCUGUGAAUAAUGAGCAGCCAAGCGGGGUGGUGAUAAAUGAGGAGGUCCGAAAAGAAUUUGGAGAAUUCUGGGAAAGAUUUAAGUAUAAUCCUUUAGCAGGUAGGAAUGAGAUCCUAGCAAGCCUAUGUCCUCAGAUUUUUGGCAUGUUUGUGGUAAAGCUGGCAGUGGGCAUGGUGCUCGCUGGUGGUGUUCAAAGGAUUGAUUCGGCUGGGACCAGAGUGAGAGGGGAAUCCCAUCUUUUGUUAGUUGGAGACCCUGGCACGGGUAAAUCACAGUUUUUAAAAUAUGCAGUAAAGAUAACGCCAAGAUCCGUUUUGACUGCAGGCAUAGGAUCAACCAGUGCAGGACUGACUGUUACUGCAGUAAAAGACUCUGGUGAGUGGAAUCUGGAGGCUGGUGCACUGGUCUUGGCAGACGGAGGCUUAUGCUGCAUUGAUGAAUUCAACAGUAUCAAGGAGCAUGACCGUUCCAGUAUCCAUGAGGCAAUGGAGCAGCAGACAAUCAGUGUGGCCAAAGCUGGGUUGGUGUGCAAGUUAAAUACCAGAACAACUAUCCUGGCUGCGACAAAUCCAAAAGGGGCAUAUGACCCAAACGAAUCUAUAUCUGUUAAUGUAGCUCUGGCAAGUCCUCUGCUGAGUAGAUUUGACCUGGUUCUAGUUUUGUUGGAUACAAAAAAUGAGGAUUGGGACAAAAUCAUUUCCUCCUUUAUACUGGAAAACAAAGAUUGCAACCACAAAUCUGAUAAGCUUUGGAGCAUGGAAAAGAUGAAAACCUAUUUCUGCCUGAUAAAGACCUUGCAGCCAAAGAUGUCUGAUGGAGCUAACAUGAUUCUAGUGCGCUACUAUCAGCUUCAACGACAGAGUGAUUGCAGAAAUGCAGCACGUACCACAAUCCGUCUAUUGGAGAGCUUGAUACGGCUUGCUGAAGCCCAUGCGAGAUUGAUGUAUCGAGAUGUUGUGACUAUAGAAGAUGCUAUUACUGUAGUAUCAGUAAUGGAGUCAUCUAUGCAAGGAGGUGCUUUACUAGGAGGGGUGAACGCUCUGCAUACAUCAUUUCCAGAUAAUCCAAAAGAGCAGUACCAAAUGCAGUGUGAACUUCUCCUGGAAAGACUGGGACUUCAAAAUAUACUGAUGGAAGAGUUGCAGAGACUGGAAAGACAGCAGUAUCUGGAAACCAGCCAUCAGCAGCAAGGAGAGAAUAAUACUACUGCCACCACUGAGAGUUCUGUCACUGAUGAAACACCCCAUGGUGAUAAUGGGAAGCCACACAUUUCAGAAGUCGGACAUACCAACAGAGGACAUGUCAGCUGUGGCUCAAACACCACAAAGAAAAAAGAGAUUGAUGAAUGUUCUUCUCCCCCAUCACUUACAAACUCUGCAACAAGCAAUAUUUGCAGAAAUAGUUCUGCUCUAUUAGAAGACCAAAGCAUACAUCUUGUAACUUUUGAAGAGCCUAACCGACCACAACUGAAUGCCUCAAACUGUCAGAUAAAUACAAGCAGUGGUUCUGGUCUGGAAUGGUUUGACGCUAUGAAGACAGGAAAACAAGGCAUCAAUAUUUCUCCAAUUUCUAAAACGGCAGAGUUCACAACCAUUAUACCUCAAGUAGUUCCACCAGGACUUGAAGCCACCGGUAGUGAUUUCACCAAAAAUACCAACAAUGCAAAAGCAGCAAAGCAACCAACAGAAAAAAGCUCACGUAAAACAAGAGGAAAUGAUUUGCCGGAUGAAGUUGUUACUGAACAUGUUUCUAAAAAAUGGCACAAACUGAAUAAAAAGUGUAUGAAAGGCACAAGCGAUGGGCCCAGUAUAACAGAGCUUUGUGGAGAUCAUUCAGAAGAAGGUGACAUUACAUUUGCAGGUCCUCUACACAGCACCCCUGUCCGAGGCAGAAAAAGGUCACUUGCCCAUGUAGAUCCAGGGAAAGGGACAUCAGAUGUUCAAGAUCCUGAGCUGCAGGUUAAAUUAGCCCAACUAGCCAAGUUUUCAUUUAAACGAAAGACAAAACUCCAACAUGGCCCAGGGAUAGAAAAUGGGUUGGCUUCUGGGGAUAAUGACAGGCAAGGAAAUGUGAGUACUGAACCAAAGCAGAAACCUGCCCCUGCAGAAAAACUCCGGAGGCUGUUGGAGGUAUCAGUCAGCUCAGAUAAAGCCAGUUCUGUGGAGCAAGGGAAGUCUUCUUGUGCUGCCACAUCAGAAGCACCUGUUAUAAGUCAUGUUGUGCCCCCUUCUGUGUUGGUAAUUGAGGAAAAUAAGCUGACGGAGGCCUCACAUUGCCGAAAAGUCUCUUCUUUUACACUUGCCAAGCUGGCAAAGUUUUCCUUUGCCACGUCAUCUGAAGACACAAUAGCUGACACGAUGGGUGUUAACCCUAAAAGUGAAAACCCUUUAUCCUCCAGGAACCUGGGAGCAAGAGAAAAGAGGGAAUGUUUCCAGCUGGGGCCUCUCAAUAACAAAACUCUAGGAACAAGUAAAUCCCUCUUUUGCAGUACAGACUUGGACGAUGAAACAUUAGAUUUAGAAUAUUGA